GAAAAGGGUGUGGCCUGCGUCAGUGAGGGGCGUGCGACAAAGGGAAGAGGGGCGUGUCCUCACUCCCUGCGGACCAAUCGAGCAGCGGAUGAAGGCGCUCGUGCCGCUGCGGAGGGGCGGGGCUGCGUUCAGGGACCGUGGGGCCAGUGAGCAGCAGACAGUCAGAGGGAGAGGAGAGAAAGAGCAGACGGGAGGAUGAUGCGCGUGAGCCGGUGAACGGCUCUGCUGCACGAACCGACCGAGCCCCAUUCAGGUGUCCAGCCGCACCGGACCGCCGGAAACCCGCCUCGGAGCACGCCUCUCUCCUCUUCAACCCCUCCCGAAAAACCCUGCGCGAUGUCUGGCGGAGGAGACGUCCGAGUGCUGCGGCAGGAGGCCGGCCAAGAGAGCCCGAGGAUGCCGGCCUGGAAGCGCGAGAUCCUGGAGCGGAGGAAGGCGAAGGGCGGCGGGGCCGGAGGAGCCGGAGGGGCCGGAGGAGCGGAGGCAGGCCCCGGAGCAGGAGCCGGAGCCGGAGCCGGAGCGGGCCCGCAGCGGCUGAACGGAGACGUAACGGGGAAUGUAAACGGCGGCGGCCCCAAGAGAGACGGAGGGCCGAGCGGAGGGUCCGGGCGGAAGUACACCAUCAGCCCGGCCAGCCAGCACCACGGCCACAACAAAGAAGCACGGCCCGCGGCGGACCGGGAGGACGGCGGACCGGAGAGCCUGGUGCUCCAGGAGAGCCUGGGGCCGCUCCAGGAGAACCCGUUCAUCAAACUGGAGAAGGAGCGGAGGAGGCGGCAGGACCGGGAGAACGCAGCCCGGCCGGUGCAGCACAUCCUGGAGCUGUACGGCAGCGUGCCCGGCAUCCGGACCAUCCGGGCCGACAACAUCAUCAUCAUAGAGUCCGACCCGGAUUACUUUCCGGAAGGAGGAGACGCGAAAGCCGGCUCUAAAUGGCAGCAGAACGGCGUGAGUACUUACAGCUCCCUGAACGACCUCCUGGACCGGAGGGGGAGCGCGGUGACCGAGAUAAGAGCCAAGGAGGUGGUGAUUUAUGACCCAGCCCUGAGCCGGAGCGAGGAGAACCUGAGCACACUGGGCCUGCGCGAACCCAGGGCGCACGAGACAGGUGACGGUCCAGGCAGGGUGAGCCGGAUGCUGCAGAAGUUCGACAGUAACUACGGGAAACUGCAGAAGAAGUCCCACAGCACGGAGAACCUGCUGGACUUGGACUGCAGUGCCAGCGGCCGGCCACGCCUCUGGCCCAAGCCACAGCCAGACCUGGUGCCAAAGCCCAGAGCCGGACCCCCGUCACCCGUCUUCCACAGCCCCGGGUCUUCCAAACCAAAGCCGCCGCCGCUGGCCGCCUCUGAGCCCACCAGCCCGCCGCCGGCCCAGUCCGUGUCUUCCUUCCGUCACCGCUUUGAGGACAGUGGGGGUCACGGCCGAGACGAACCGGACCGGGGUCAGACCAAACCCACCAGAGAGAGGGACUGGGACAGCGCUGAGGUGCCCCCCAAACCCAAGGUGCCAUGUUCUCCAGAGACCCGCCGAGCUCGUGCCGAGUCGCCAACGAAGUUCCCCCGCUCCUCACCCGACUACGAGAUCCGCCCGUCCCCAACGCCAGACCUGAGCCGGAUCCCUGCGGGCGACGCCCAGGCCCGGGCGUUGGCCAACCUACGCCUGCAGUCCCGGAACUCCUUCACCGUCAUCCCCAAACGGCGUCUGGCCGCGUCGUCCGCGGCCACCAGUCCGGUCCCGCCCGGCCCGGUCAAGUCCUCCCCGUCCCACAGAGCGGUGGAGGUGCCCACGCCCGGAGUGCCAACCUCUCACCCCCCCACCGCCACGGUAACGCCCUCAAAGAGGAGCGAGGAGCCACGGCAGAAGGAGCCCCCUCCUCCGGUCGCCACCAGUCCAGUUUGUGCUUCGCCCUCGGUUCUCAGCCCCCCUCCCUCCUCCCCGCCUGCCCCCUCGUCUCCCCCGUCUUCUCCAGCUGUCCCCGUGUCUCCCCCCGCCUCCCCCUCCUCCCCCGGCCCGUCUCCGCCCUCCCCCGCUAAAGAACCGCCUCCCCCCGUGGAUCAACUGCCAGUAACGAACAUCGACGACAUCGAGGUGGAGCCCCCCCAGCGCGUGCCUGCCCCCAGCCCCCUGGUGCACAGGAAAAAGGGCAACACCUUCACUGUGGUGCCUAAACGGAGGGUGGAGCCCGAGGUCCAGCCCGGCUCACCUGAGCCCCCGCAGGAUGCCCCCUCCGCUGACGCCCCCCCAGGGUCGACGCCGCCACAGGCCCCCUAUGCCCAGCUGGGGUCCCUGCUGAAAAAACGGUACCCUGCCGCCGAGGAGAUCCAGGUCAUAGGAGGAUACCUGUCACUCGCAAAGUCCUGCCUCUCCAAGACCGGCUCCACGGGGAAGAAGUUGAAGAUCUCCUUCAACGAGUCCAGUCUUCAGAGUACGUACGAGUACCCGUCGGAGAGCAGCGUAUGGGACAGCGGCGACGAGGACGACGAGGACAAACAGGACGGGAAGGCAGCACCGGCGGCAGACGAGCAGCCCAGCAUGGUGGGACGGAUCCACAUCCCCAGACCCAGUUUGACCGGAUCCCCGACUCACAGCAGCAACAGCAACGGUCUGUCCAACUACGUCCCCAAACACUCGGUGGACUUCAGCACGUGGCAAGAACAAAAACACGACGGCGGCGUUUCCCAGGAAGACGUCACUUCACCACAACAGAUGCAGCUGACAGAGGAGGUCAUGCUCACCCCCGCAGACAGCUCGUCCCUGUCCGACUACAGCAGCGAGCCGGCGCUUUACUUCUGAUCAGUCACCAGGACCGGGACCUGGACCUGGACCAGGACCUGGACUAGGACCAGGACCAGACUGAAGUCCCUCCGGCUCAUCUCCAAGCACACCUUCCAGAGGGACAGGAAACAGCGCUGGUCUCACUCCUCGUCCACAUCUCGCUGCUGUUUUCCGUCUUUAACCCUGUGAGAAAAAAAAAAAUCCAAAAGCAGCUGGACUGUGUUUCCCACAAUCCCCUGGGGCAGUUGAUCUGUCUUCCACCUGCUCACGUCCGAGCCACGGCUUCAGGUUUUUAUUAUUAUUAUUUUUUGUUUGUUUGUUUUGUUUUUGGGAUGUGGAGCAGAGAGACCGCACGUGUUAAAACCGCCGGCGAUGCCAGGUGAGUUCAGUGUUUACCAUGGAAACCUUGUCGCACAUCCUCCAGAAACACAGACGUUCAACGGGUGCCACAGAUGAAACGUUUUGUACCUGAUGUUUGGGUCCGUCGCUUCUCUGACUGGAAAGCUUCUGUACGCCUUUUAGUUUUUGUACGGUUAUUGUUAUUAUUAUUUUUUGUUUUUUUUUUUCUGCUGUACCGACGCUGCUGGACGUUAAAAGUGGACGAGUCGACAAGCAAACUUCAACGUUCCGGGGAAAAAAAUAAUCAGCAAAAAUCAGCAUAAAUCAGUAGCAGCUCCAUUUCUGAUGAAAUGUUUGGAAAAAGUGCCCUUGGCCAAUAAUGUCUGUACGUCGGUUGUUUUCUGGUGACGAAUGUUCUGUGAGUCGUCCGGACCAGAACCCGAACCCAAACCGGCCUCAGUAACAGAACCAGACCCGGUCCAAGUGUCAGAAUUAGACCAGAACGGGGGGGUCAAACUCCUCAUAGUCCAGGUUCCACAUUCAGACCAAUAUGAUCUAAACUGGGUUAAAAAAAAAAAA